UCCUGGGGCAGAUUGUCCCUGUGGUUGUUGUCACGUCACCAGACGUGCCCCAAAGCAGUCCUGGCUUUCCUGAAGUUUUCCUUGGCAAACUCAUCCAGCUCCUCACAUCCAAACCCAGCGGUGCCUUUGCUCCAUGUGGGAAUCCCGGGCUGGAUCUCGGCUAUCCCGAGGACUUACCCACCUGCCUGUCAUGGGCACAAAUCCCUCUGGGAGCAGCCAGCCCCGCUGUCCCUGUUCCAGGAGCCCGGGAUCUGCAUCCCUGCAUCCCCAUUAGGGACGGGCCAGUGUUUUCCAAAGGACACGGCAACAUUCCAAUGACCUUUCCGUUUGUCCCCGUGGAGUUUUCCAUGGGGACCUCGCCAGCCAGGGCAGGGAGAGCCAAACACCCUUCCUGAAGGGAUGGCUCAGACACAGCAAGGUCAGCAGGGCUGGAAUGGAUGAGGCGUUUGGGAAAAACAGCAGGUUUUGGGGAUUUUUCCUGUCAGAAACACCUCUGGCUGUGCCGGUGCCAUCCCUGAAUCCGCCAAACCUCCAGGACAAAAAGGAGGAGAAAGUUUAAAGGAAUCAUCCUGGAAGGAGCACCUGAGCACUGCUGAGCUGGGCACAACAGGAAUAUCAGGAUCUGAUCUCCAUGAGCCGUCAGGAAAGAGCAGAAGGAUGGACAGGCUCCAUCCCAACAGCCAUGGAAUCAGUGGGAUGAGAGUUUUAGAGGGAAGAUGCAGCAGGAAAAGCCCAGAGUGGUGGAAUCUCUCUGCAACCCAACGCUGGAAUAGUUGGAAGGUGACUGUCUGCUCUUUUAAAUUGGAAUUCUUUCAGCAAGGACCAAUUCUCAUGCCCUCUUUUAACUCCCACCACCCCCAGGGAACCCAUGGCAAACCACUUUUAUAAAAGCAAAAGGGUGGAAAAAGUCCAGAAGGAAAAAUCCUGAAAGAAAACUCCGGGAUCUGAGUUUGUUACCCCAACAUGAAGACAAAUCAAUGUCCUUGAGCCUGCCCCAAACGCUCUCCUUACCACACCAAAACACCUUCAUGGAUAACAGAGCUGAAAACGUUCCAGAGGUCACUGAGGGUGGGAUUUUCCAGAUCUAUCCUGGUUGAAUUUGUACCCUGGGACUUUAUCAACCAAGAAAAACAUUGGAAAAAUACUCCUUGAGGAUGUUGUCCUGUUAUCAGCCGUAUCCCACCCCGUGCCUGCACCAAACCCCACAGGCUCAGGCUGGCACAUUUUAAUCUGUAGCUCAGCCAGCAUCUGAUACCAGCCUGUUUUCCAGGCUUCCAUACAUCCAAGGCUGGGUGACCUCCUGGAAAGUCACCUUCACAUCAUCCCAAAAGGAAUUAAACAUCCCAGUGCAGGGACACAGCCGUGUCCCCCCUCCUGAGCAGGGAAAAGGGAAGAAAUCCCCAGUCUCCUGACACAGGGUGAGAGCUUGGAGUCUCCACCUGGACAGAGGAUGAAAAUAAAAAUGUGGGAAGAAUAUUUUGAGGCAUUUCCCUGAUGGAGAUUCACAUAAGGAAAAAUGGGAAUGGUGGGCAACAUGGCUGUGUCUGUUUGGGAAAGAGCUGAGCGGGAAGAGACGGGGAUAAAUGUCAGAGGGAAAUCCACCUGCCCCAUCUUUGGGGGUGUCCAUUGUAGAGUUUAACCUCCAAGAAAUAAAGGAACUUCCACUGCUCCCCUGAUGUGAGCCCACCUCAGCUGGGAGGGCAAGACACAGCUCAGCCCACCAAGGUCCCUCUGUCCCAGCCCAGAUCCCACAGCCUCCAACAUUCCCAGUGCUCCACCACAGCCCCGCUCAGCCCUGCCUGGGGACGGUCCCACCAAGGACACCCGAGCCUAGCAAAGCCCAAAGCUCGGCUUUGGCAGUGCCACCCCCUGGGGAAGGGCUCAAGGUCACACACUUCAGCCAUCGGUGCCUGUGGGGCUGCCAGAGGUGACACAAACAUGGAAACAACACUUGGAACAAUCAAAGCAAUCUAAUCCCGUUCAUUAUCUGCCCUUGCAGCACCAGGGCACGGCACAGCCCUACACCAGUGACACCUCCAGCUGGGGUGCUCAGCCCCAUUGUUCUGGAGUCACAUUUGGUGACACGGCUCUCUGCCAAAUUUCGUAAUGUUUGUCAAUCACUGUUGUUGCCCUAUUGGCAGCAGAGAGGAGCAGGGUAUAAAAGCAGGAGAGAGGCUGAGCACAUCAGUCUGGUCCAAGAUGGCCAAGCUCACUCUGCUCACCGGCCUGGCGCUGCUGCUGAACGCCCAGCUCGGCACUGCCUAUGUGCUGACCUGUUACUUCACCAACUGGGCCCAGUACCGGCCUGGCCUGGGUAAGUACACCCCCGAAAAUGUCGACCCCUGCUUGUGCAACCACCUGAUCUACGCCUUUGCCGGCAUGAACAACAAUGAGAUCACCACCUACGAGUGGAACGACGAGACCCUGUACAAGUCCUUCAAUGGCCUCAAGAACCAGAACAAAGAUCUGAAGACCCUGCUGGCCAUUGGAGGAUGGAAUUUCGGCACACAGAAGUUCACCACCAUGGUCUCCACACCCCAGAACCGCCAGACCUUCAUCAACUCCGUCAUCAAAUUCCUGCGCCAGUACCAGUUUGACGGGCUGGACCUGGACUGGGAAUACCCCGGCUCCAGGGGCAGCCCCGCCCAGGACAAGGCUCUCUUCACCGUCCUGGUUAAGGAAAUGCUGGAAGCCUUCGAGAAGGAAGCCAAACAGACCAACCAGCCCCGGCUCAUGGUCACCGCCGCUGUUGCUGCUGGACUUUCCACCAUCCAGGCUGGCUACGAGAUUGCUGAGCUGGGCAAGUACCUGGAUUACAUCCAUGUGAUGACCUACGACUUCCACGGAUCCUGGGAGAGGAACACUGGCGAGAACAGCCCCCUGUUCGCCGGCCCUGCUGACACCGGCGACUACAAAUACUUCAACGUUGAAUACGCCAUGAAUUAUUGGAAGAGCAACGGUGCCCCAGCUGAGAAGCUCCUGGUGGGAUUCCCAACCUACGGAAAGAGCUUCACCCUGCAGAACCCAUCCGACACCUCCGUUGGAGCUCCAGCAUCUGGCCCUGGCCCCGCUGGGCCCUACACCAGGGAGGCCGGAACUCUGGCUUACUACGAGAUCUGCAGUCUCCUGAGUUCUGGAGCCACCCAGGCUUGGGAUGAACCCCAGGAUGUUCCCUACGCCUACAAGGGCAGCGAAUGGGUCGGCUACGACAACGUCAAGAGCUUCGGCCUCAAGGUGGACUGGCUGAAGAAGAACAACUUUGGAGGUGCCAUGGUGUGGGCCCUGGACAUGGAUGACUUCACUGGCACCUUCUGCCACGAGGGCAAAUACCCCCUGAUCUCCACCCUGAAGAAGGGCCUGGGGCUGCAGAACGGCGACUGCGUUCCCCCCACUGAGCCUCCAUCCCCGAGGCUCCCACCACCUCCAGCAGGAGCAGCUCCGUCAUGGAGACUCCCAAACUUCCUACGGAGGCGUGGGAGGGAUGAAACACCGGGAACAUGAAAAUAAACCUUUUCCUAAUUGAA